AUGCAAAUUGGCAUGCUGCUGCAGCAUUUGGAGGCCUCUGACGAGCAGUAUGUAUUUCUUGGAAAUCCGCCGCCCUUCAAUGGUGGGUGGCAUUUCACAGCUCUGGACGAUUUUGAGCACGCCUUGGAGCAGAGGAGAUUGGAUCCAAGAUGGAAAGGCAUUCGCAUUUGGCACAAGGUGAACUAUGUGCUAUCAACAACAGUCAGUGGUGAGCCUGCUCUAGUGCCAAAGGAGAUGUUUGAUCCCAAGAACAAGCAGCAAGGUGCCAUUGCAAUUAGCGAGAGCUUCAAGCUGACCACGGUGUUUUUCACAGGUGGCUUGAUGCCGCAUACUCUAAAUGCUACCUUGCUGUCAGAUCAAAGCGAUGCUUGCGCUGCUCUUAUCCGGUGCAUGGAGCUUGGAACACGGUUUGCAGCCAUUGGGCAUGGCUUGGACGUACUUUUGGCCCUGGGCAAAGACAGCAGCCCCAUUCGGGGCAAGAGAGCUGCAGUUUUUCCCAACCAGGAGCAUUUGCUGCAGAUCCAUGGUGUGGAAGCUAGCGGAGAUCCUCUUUGCAUUGAUGGAACUCUCGUCACUGCGAGUUUCUGGGGUCAGGCCACCAUGCAGCCAUUCUUCGCCGCAGUCAAUCUGGAAGCACCGUCGCGGAGUUCCCCGUCUCUGCGAGCAAUCCGUCGAAGUACCACGGAGACUGCUUUCUGCUUUGAUGCCGCAAAGAUGGCUGAGAGGAGCUGCCUUACAUCGGACCCAAAGGCGCCCACAGUGGCAUUCUUUGUGGAUGAUGUUGCAGAUCCUAUUGAAACAUACACAAUCAUCAACCACUUGACGAAGCUGCAGUUCAAUGUUCAUUUCAUCAGUCACAGCGAAGCUGAGGGGUGUGGUGGCACUAAAAUGCGGCGCGUCACGAGUGAAACGGUUUGGGGGAAUGCCAUGUAUGCCUUAAAAGACUGCUGCUGUGAAGUUCCCACUCUCCCAGCCAACCUGGUUGACACAACACUGCGCUUCGACGGCUUCUUUGUAGCUGGAGGGCAGUGCCCGUACUAUAUGAUCAAUGAUUCUUCCAUCCGAGCGAUUAUGGAUUCAACCCCCAUUGCAGCGGCUGUGUGCCAUGGUCCAGAAGCCUUGAUUGGGACAAAAUGGCUGCAUCCCAAAGAGGGGGAAGUCGGAAAGUUUGUUUCCUACUAUGGUGCCUGGAUGAGUUUUCGGGAUGUGCUACACGCCUAUGAAAGGAAGAAGCCUGGAGAGAUUUGUGUUGACGCAUCUGGGAGGCUCUUUACUGGAAAUGCUCCAAACGCCACCAGCGCGAUGGUAGAACGAGCAUGUGAUGCCAUUUUGGCACUCACAAAGUAG